CUUCCUCCUCAAUACACAUUUCAUAGCAAAAUAGUUUUCUCACAAUAACAAUCACAAAAAGCAAUGACACACAGAGUGGUUAUGUCUCUCCUCCCUUUUCUCUUGCUCUUGUUGAUUAAUGGCCAUGGAAUCUUUGGAAGAGACUUGAACCAAGUUGACCAGCCUUACCUUGAUGGUUGGCUCAAAAACAUUCAACUAAAGAAACAAAAACCUUCUCCUGACUCCAACCAAGUUUACCUUGAUGGAUGGUUGAAAGAUACUAGAGCGGAGAAAGUAAAAUCCAACUCUGACUCCAACCAAGUUUACCUUGAUGGAUGGUUGAAAGAUACCCGGACUGAGAAAGCAAAAGUCAAUCUUGACUCCAACCAAGUUUACCUUGAUGGAUGGUUGAAAGAUACUAGAGUGGAGAAAGCAAAAUCCAACCCUGAACCCAACCAAGUUUACCUUGAUGGAUGGUUGAAAGAUACCCGAACUGAGAAAGCAAAAGUCAAUCUUGACUCCAACCAAGUUUACCUUGAUGGAUGGUUGAAAGAUACCAGAGCUGAGGAAGCAAAAGCCAACUCUGACUCCAAACAAGUUUACCUUGAUGGAUGGUUGAAAGAUACCCGAUCUGAACAAGUAAAAGUCAACCCUAACUCCAACCAAGUUUACCUCGAUGGAUGGUUGAAAGACACGAGAGCCACGAAAUCCAACCCAGACUCCAAACAGGUUUAUCUUGAUGGAUGGUUGAAAGAUACUCGAGCCGAGAAAACAAAAUCCAACUCUAACUCCAACCAAGUUUACCUUGAUGGAUGGUUGAAAGAUACCCGUGCUGAGAAAGAAAAAUCUAACUCAGACUCCAACCAAGUUUACAUUGAUGGAUGGUUGAAAGAUACCAGAGGUGAUAAAGCUAAAGCUAACCCUGACUCUACCCAAGUUUAUCUUGAUGGAUGGUUGAAAGAUACCCGAUCUGAGCAAGUUAAAGUCAACCCUAACUCCAACCAAGUUUACCUCGAUGGAUGGUUGAAAGAUACCAGAGCCAAGAAAGCCAAAGCCAACCCAAACUCCAAACAAGUUUACCUCGAUGGAUGGUUGAAAGAUACUCGAGAUGAGAAAGAAAAAUCCACCCCUAACUCCAACCAAGUUUACCUUGAUGGAUGGUUGAAAGAUACCCGAGCUGAGAAAGCAAAAUCUAACUCUGAAUCCAACCAAGUUUACAUUGAUGGGUGGUUGAAAGAUACCCGAGCUGAAAAAGUGAAAUCUAACCCUGAAUCCAACCAAGUUUACCUUGAUGGAUGGUUGAAAGAUAUCCGAACUGAGAAAGAAAAAUCCACCCCUGACUCCAACCAAGUUUACCUUGAUGGAUGGUUGAAAGAUACUAGAGACGAGAAAGCCAAAGUCAACCUUGACUCCAACCAAGUUUACCUUGAUGGAUGGUUAAAAGAUACCCGGGCUGAGAAAGCAAAAGCCAACUCUGACUCUAAUCAGGUUUACCUUGAUGGAUGGUUGAAAGAUAUGCGAGCUGAGAAAGCAUAAGUCAACCUUAACUCCAAACAAGUUUACCUUGAUGGCUGGUUGAAAGAUAAUUAGUUCAUAUAUGUUAGUCUGUGUAUUGUAAUAUCUUACUUUUGUUCCUAAGUAAGGUCUUGUUUGUGUACUAAUUAGGUUCCAACUUAGUGGCAAAAUGCUUGGUUAUUAUUGUGUACUAAUUAAGCUAUUGCUUCAGUAUUAAGUAUUAAAUAAGGAUUUUCUAGUGGAAAAAAGAAACUUGAUUAUUGUUGUUGUGUACUAA